GUAUACCUAGCCAAUCAGAGGCAGAGAAGGGCGGGUCAUGCCUUUGCCAACCUCGGAAGAAUACAUCGUUAGCCGUGGACGCGGUGUGAAUGGAUAGUUGGUGUGCAGGUUCUGCUAGAGACCGCUGUAAUAAACCGUGGUGACUGAACACAUAAAUAGCGAUGUCUCCUGAUGAGCUGGUGUACUUGGGAGUUCUCGUUGCCUCCAUCCCUGUUGGAUUCCUCUUCCGUUACCUCAGUCCUCCUGUGAAGCAGGGGGCAUCUCUUCUUCUGGGCCUCUCUAUCACCAUCGCCACCUGUCACAUCCACACACUCCACUCUCUGGUGACGGUGAUUGGAACAUGGAUUAUUAUAAAGAGCAGCUGGAGGCAUGCCCCAGCAUUGAGUCUCAGCUGGUCCUUUCUCUACCUCCUCUUCUUCCGGCUGGUCACUUGGUUUGGGCUGCCACCGCCGACGCCUUUUGCUAAUGCCGUCCAGUUACUGCUCACUCUCAAGAUGGUGAGUCUAGCGAAUGAGGUGCAAAGCUUUCACACGGAGAAGAAAAAGGAAGUGAGCUCUUUUGCCAAGUCUCCUGUGAUUGGUGGUCUGUCUCAGGAGCCGUCUCUCUAUGAAAUUCUGUCCUAUAGCUACUGUUAUGUGGGUAUAAUGACCGGUCCGUUCUUUCGCUUCCAAACGUACGUUGACUGGCUGAAGCAGCCAAGCCCGCAGGCGCUGCCCGGCUGGGUGCCGUGCCUGCAGCGUUUGAAGACAGUUCCCUUCUACGGCGCUCUGUUCCUGGCUGUCAACUCUGUCUUUCCACUGGAUUACGUUCGCACAGAGGAUUUCCUGGAUCAAAACUUUUUCUUUAGGCUGUUCUACAUGAUAGCAGUGUUCUUCGUGUUUAGGAUGCGUUUCUAUGCAGCGUGGUGUGGAGCUGAGGCCGGUUGUAUCAGUGCAGGUCUGGGCUGCUAUCCAGAAAAAGCACUGUCCAAACCUGGAGGAGGACCCACUGUCAACUACAGUCCCGAUCCCACAGCUGAAGAGGAGAAAUAUGACUUCAAAACCAUCCAGAACAUUGACUGCUACAACACUGACUUCUGUGUGAAGGUCCGACAUGGCAUGCGUUACUGGAACAUGACAGUGCAAUGGUGGCUGCAUCACUACAUCUACCCCAAUUCCCCCUUCAAAGCCUACACUCUCAGGGCUGGCUGGACCAUGUUCAUCAGCGCCUACUGGCACGGACUACACGCUGGCUACUACCUCUCCUUCCUCACUAUCCCCCUGUGCAUCGCAGCCGAGUCCGCCAUGGAGGCCUCCGUCCGAGCUAAACUGGGUCCUCGUGGGCAGAACAUCUUCGACUGGGUUCACUGGUUCUUAAAGAUGAGGGCCUACGACUACAUGUGCAUGGGUUUUGUGCUGCUGAAGGCUUCCGACACCAUCAACUACUGGGCGUCCAUCUACUUUACCAUGCACGUAAUCGCCGUCUGCUGUAUAAUAGUCGGCAGGGCCCUGAAGGGAGGGAAAAGGGAAGGGAGGAGCGGGGACAAGGAGGAGAAACGGGCGGGAGAGAAGAUAGAAAACGUGAAAGAGAAAACUGGAGAAAAAACAGACUGAAUGGAGUUACAGAGGAGAACUGGUUGGAUGCUUUUUUGGACAGAAGCCUCAUCUUUCAAGCAACAAACAUCACACACAUCCAAUAAGAUUUCUUGUGGGAAAAUGUAAAAGUUCAACUCGAUUUAAUUAAAAAUGCAGUAAAACAUACAAACUGGUAAAAACCGGUAAAAGGUCGCCACUGGAGACAUUUCGUAUAUGUACAUGUACAUAAAAGCACUGUGAAGACUGGGAGAGGAAUGUUUGAACUCAACGAAUGUCACUUUCAUAGUGUGAAUGGCACCUGGGGUGUAAAUAGUUUACUAGUUCAAUAUUUCACUCCCCUUGUCUGCGCGUCUGUGUUUUUAUUUCAAGAUACCAUGCCCAAUUUUAAGUGAACUGCACAUUCCAACAGCACUGAGUAUUGUGUUAUAGUACGUUUUAUACUGGAGGACAUAUGAGUAGAAGUAACACAGUCAUGGGUAUCAUUAGGAUGCAGCUGUUAAGGCCUAUCUGCGAGCAUUAUCAAAGUUAGCCAAGAACAAAAUAAUUCUGCUGCCAUUUGCCAUUUUAAAUCAGCGCUGUUCACCAUAUUAAAUAGUCGAUAUAGAAGUAUGUUUUUGCAAUAAUUAAAUGCAGAAAUUGCAGUGUAAAACUUACUAUGCAGCCCUCAUUAUCAGCGGCCAUUAUUUCACUUCAAGCAGAAAUACAAGCACCACAGCGCACAGGGAUAUUCAGACUCGUUUAGGUCUAUAGCAGCAAAGCGAAGUCCGGGUUACAUUUGUUAUGCUGCAUAAUUAUAUUCUUAAUGUGUUUUAGAAGUAGUGUUAAAAAACCUCAAGCAUUUCCAGCAUUAUACUGUUUGUCAUUUUACUUGCUGCAAAUUUCUGUGCUGUGGUUUACUUCCUUAAUCCAGUGAAGCCAAAAGGUUUCCCUGAGCCCCCCCACUGUUGUUCUGUCUGUAAUUGUAAGCAAUUCGGAUCACAUCAGGAACAUGUGCACUGACAUCUGUAUAGCAGUGUUGUAUCGAGUGAAGAGUGUGCCAUGUGAAAGAUAGCAACAGUCCGUUCACUGCCAAAAUGUCUGUACUGCCAUCAUGUACCAUUCAGGGUUGGGACCAAACAUUUGAUACAAGUUUCACGUCGUACAGUAUAAGCUGCCAAUGUAAGUCAUGAGCAACAGCACAGCUAGGGCUGGGUGAUAUAGUUGAAAUCAUUAUCAUAAUGUUAAUUAGGUUAUUUUCCAAUACUGAUAUACUGCAUUUCAUUAGCUCUGUACCCACACCCUGCAUAAUAAAGUUGAAUCUAAUCUAAUGUAAUGACAUGUCACAGUAUGAAAAGUAUAUGCAAAUCAUAUAUGAUAUAAUCAAAGUGAUGUUCAAAUAAAUAGACAGUUCCAAUGGUAUUACAUGUGACCAAAUGUAGAACAAAAAUGUAUAUUUUAUAGGAAUUUAAUCGAACAGCAGAAUUUCUAGAUGAUAACAUUAUAUCACAGUAAUGCUUAUAAUAUUGAAUUUUCACUUUUCCGCCCAGCCCUAACCGCAGUAACCAUGUAUUAGUUGGAAAACCUGUUGAGAGUGUGAUAACUCUAGGGCAUCUCUGUUGCAUAUGAGCAUGACUGACCGCAGAAUUGAAAGGUCUUCACUGUGUUUGGCUCUCUAAAUGUUACUUGGAGCUGAGAUCAUUUGAAUCACAAACAGAUUUUGUGUUAAUGUCUUUUCCCUCUGUGUGCCAAGACUCAACCCUUCUGAAGUGGAUCCUUUUGUUUUUAUUAUUGCAAAAUGAUGAUUGUGAAUUCUAGUCCUUCAAUUGACUGUUCAUUUCCAGACCAUUUAUUUUUCAGCCUUUUGUCUGCCUCUAUCUGUGACUUCAGACACAUGAUGCACCCACUCUCUGCUUUAUGGAAUAUAGCGUUUCCUCAUUACACACUUGGGUUUUCUUAAGUCUACUUGAUGUGUGAAUUAUUUGUUCAUUAUGAGGUGCAUAGUUACCUUGUGUUAAGUCUUUAAAAUAAAGCUUGUGGAAAACACGA